UUUACCGCCCGCCAUGUUGACAGAGCAGGAGUCAGAGACGUGUAAAAGCCUGGUGUAAAAUAAGCUUUAUCAAACAACAAAAAUAAGUGAACUUAACCUGGUAUUUUAUUGAUGUUCACUUCUUGAUCGUAUGGGUUGUAAAUUCCUGGAUAUUCAGUGUUCCGUAGAAUAACUCGGGAAAGGAAAUGGUGAUGGCGUGGCUGUGUGUGCGUCCAGCUCUGUGUGUGUGGAGAUGGUGCUAACAGGCUGUUGUCUGGAGGACUGUGGAGACACACUGCUGGAUAGCGGGAGGUGCCCUGAACACACACACUCUGACACGGUGACACACACACACACACUCUGACACGGUGACACACACACACACACACUCUGACACGGUGACACACACACACACAAAGGAUCCCCCCCCCCCCCCCAACACACACACACACUCUUGCCUGUGUGUCCCAGUCGUGGUAGCGCGUGUGUGUGUGUGUGUGUGUGAGAGAGACCACCACCACUAUGCCUAGCUCCACUAUCAGACGUUCUGUGAAGAACGUGAUGAACAACUACUCUGACGCGGAGAAGAAAGUCCGAGAGUCCACCUCCAACGACCCCUGGGGGCCCUCGUCCUCUCUGAUGUCAGAGGUCGCCGACCUGACCUACAACGUGGUGGCGUUCAGUGAGAUCAUGAGCAUGAUCUGGAGACGCCUCAACGACCACGGGAAGAACUGGAGACACGUCUACAAGGCGCUGACUCUGCUUGACUACCUGAUUAAGACGGGGUCAGAGCGUGUGGCCCUGCAGUGUAAAGAGAACAUCUUUGCCAUCCAGACUCUGAAGGACUUCCAGUACAUCGACAGAGACGGAAAAGACCAGGGGAUCAACGUCAGAGAGAAGAGCAAGCAGCUGGUGGUCCUGCUGAAAGAUGAGGAGAGACUGAAA